GCACACGGCAAAGUUUGCAGGAGCCCUUGUAAACACACCGCUGCUCUAUCACACGUCAGGUUGGAUCUUCUUGACCUAAAUCCACAAUGAAGAACCUCAUCGUACUUCUUAUCUACCUGAUCUCAUGUUCUUAUGAGGAUAUCAUAAAGGAAACUGGACCUCUUGCUGGAGUAGUUACCAUCAAAUGCCCAUAUGAUGCACAGCAUGUAGACAGACACAAGUACUUCUGCAAGGGUGCAGGAUGUGACAUCAUUGUAUCCGAUAAAGAGAGCAGACAGCGAACCUCUCAGAGACUGAAGCUGACUGACCAUAAACAGGGCAAGAACUUCUUGGUGACCAUGACUAACCUGACUGGGGAGGACACAGGAGUGUACUGGUGUGCAGCUGGAGGAGCAUCACCAUCAGAAACACCAGACCUGCUCAUGGAAGUCCACAUACAGGUGAAUCCAGUCAUUGGAGAUGUUGGAGAUUCAGCAACAUUCAGAUGUCCAUAUGCAGAGGGCUCUCAGAAUAAGAGCAAAUGCCUCUGUAAGGGGGAAUGUGAAAAAAGCGGAGACAACUGUCUGAUUAAAUCUGAACAAGGGCAGACUCAGGCAAAAAAUGGACACGAGACUCUGUAUGACGACACCGUUUCCAGAGUGUUCAAUGUGACGAUCGGAGGACUGAGAGCCGAGUAUUCUGGGAAGUACACUUGUGCAGUCAUUACUGAAGUAAAUUUUGUAACCACUGAGCAGGAGUUACUUGUCAGAGAAGUGGUGGCAGGAGAUGAGGGAAAGUCUGUCAUCAUCACCUGCAAAUAUCAACAUGAUCAGACCAGCAAAAAUACAGCCAAGUACUUUUGCCGAGCAAAAGACACUGGUUGUAAGUUGGAAGAUUUCCUGGUGUCAUCACUAGCUCCAAACCACAAUAGAUACAUUUUAAAAGAAGACAAGGAUCUUCAGCCUGAAAUCUCUGCCAGAAUCUUCAAUGUGACCAUCACUGACUUAAGAGCAGAGGAUUCUGGGAUAUAUUGGUGUGGGGUAGAAGAAACAAAGAGUGUGGUCAGACUGGAGGUCAUCAAAACAUCUACUAAUGUGAUUCAUAUUCCUGACAAAUCAACCACGUGGCCAUCAUCUCCGGCAUCCAUGUCCAUGACUCCAGUCACCAUCUCAACAUCUCCUGGUGCCAGUCCCUUGACCCUCUCUGUGUCUCUGAUCGUUGUGAUGGUCGUUGUGGCAACUGCAGUGUUCCUGCUUUACAGGCACAAAAGAAACAAGACACAAGAACUUCCAUCCAACGAUACAAACACCAGAAGAAACAGCCAGGUUCCUCAGCCGGACUGCAUGUAUGAAGAGAUUAAAGAUACCCAUAAUCCAUCUCUCCCAGAAACCAACACUGUGUAUGCCACAGCUCAAUUACCCACAAUGCCCUCUGAUGACCUUACAUACUCCACUGCUACGUUACCCACAAACCCUUGCACUGACAUGGGCUACUCUGCAGUGAGUUUUGGUGAAGGCCCGAACACAGUGGCCAUUGCUUUCAGACAGGGAAACUGUGAGUACUCCAGGACUAGUUCAGACCAGUAAAGCACACCGUUCACCAGAACCAACAUGAAUGCCCCACACACUGCACACCACACACCAGAACCAACAUGAAUGCCCCAUACACUGCACACCACAC